CGCUUUUGGUUCCACGCAACUAAUAUUUGGUUAUUUAGCAGAUGCCUUAAAAAAAGGAGGAGCAGAAAUCUUAAAAAAUAAUGCUGGUAGUUUUCUACUUCGUUUGCUUACCUUCGGAAUAACUAUUUACUUGCAUAUUGCCAUUGGUAUUUACCUUGAAGAACUUUAUACUUCUCACUUACGGAAAAAAAUAACUAAGAAAUUUCUCUCGGCCAACUUUAAUCAAGCUCAAAAAGAAAAGUUUAUUCUGUCACGUUUUGAUAGGCUUAGUAAAAAAUCCGAAGAAAAACGAUUAAUUCCUUGGUGUUUGGCUGCCUUGCUGUUUUUAAUCAUUUUAGUUCCGACCUUGUAUUAUUUUUCUUACCGGUAUAAAUUAAAAAGGGACAGAGAAUUUGACCGGGAAAAUAAGCGGUUUAAAGAAUUAAAAGAUAAUUUGGAAUAUAUUAAAACUACUGGAGCCGAAGACCGAGAAAUCCAACAAAGCCAGCAGCAAUUCACUAAUAAUUUACGGAGAAAUUAUGCGUUUGUGCUCACUAAAAGUAUUUAUGCCACCAUCCCCAGUUAUAUCUUAGUUCGUUUCAUUCCUUUUACUUUUUUAGUAAUCAGCGGGCAAGCCAGCAAAGCCAUUCUAUACGCCAAACUAGAUAAAAUGUUUGAUGCUUGCAAAACUAUUUUUGAAAUGUUUUGGGCUUACGGAGGCUACGAGAGUUAUAGUUCCAGCCGGAAAAGAUUAAAUGAGACUCUGGCUAAUUUGGAAAAAUACCAGAUUUCUGUUCCUGCUCCCAACUACUUGCCAGCCAACAGAAAUAAUAUUAUUUUUCAGCAAGUUCAUUUCACUUAUCCCCAAACGAAGAAAAAAAUACUAGACAAUUUUUCUUUCAACUUUCAAAAGGGAAAAAAAUACUUAAUUACUGGACCGAACGGAAUAGGAAAAAGCACUUUAUUUAGGUUAAUCGUUAAGCUUUACACACCCCAGCAAGGCAUUAUUAAAUUAGAUGAUACGGGAUUAGAAAAAAUUGAUAACUCGACUUGA